UAGGGGGAGCAACAAGGGGGCGUAAACCUAUGGAGUAGAGCAUAGAUUACCACAUCAGUGUGCGUGAGGAAUCAGCUUCAAAAGACAAACAUGUAACCACCUACUUUGCAUUACUUGAAGGUUUCCGCAUGCGACUGCACGUUUAGUGUAAAACUAAAACAUAAACGACCGGAUGUUUCCCUCCAUUCACUUUCAAGGAUCAAGAAGACAAAUCGCUUCGGAGACGGCAUCAAACUUUGUUCAAGGCAUGGGGAAGUCUUCUGCACAACUUUUUGUGUAGUUGUACUUUUCACUGCACAAUAUAUUUGAGAGUUAUUCAGUGUCGCAGAAUUAACCGGUUCUAGACGUCUGGACGAGGACGAGGCGCUUGAGGAUGCGCCGGGAUUCACACACACAGUGCGCGGAAAUGGCGUGUUCUGAGGACCCAAGCUAUGACCAACAGAAAGGGUCAGGCAUUCCACUUAUAAGAAAACUGUGCUACGCCAUUGGAGGGAUGCCCUAUCAAAUGACAAGUAAUGCCAAAGGCUUUUUCAUGCAGAUCUUUCUACUGGAUGUUGUGCAGAUGACACCUUUCUAUGUGUCUGUAAACCUUUUCCUUGGCCGAGCCUGGGAUGCGAUCACAGACCCUUUAGUGGGCUACAUGGUCAGCAAGAGUGGACGCACAUGCAUAGGCAAGCUCAUUCCAUGGAUUGUGUACUCCAUGCCUUUGGGAGUGAUCGCCUACAUCAUGCAGUGGUACACUCCCCAGGACAGCAUGUCUCCUGUCUUCAGCUUUUGCUGGUACUUUAGCUGGUGCUGUCUCUUUGACACUUUAAUGAGUUGCUACCAUGUGCCCUACACUUCCUUAAACAUGUUUUUGGGUGGUGAUCAAAAAGACAGAGACUCUGCCACUGGCUACAGAAUGGGAAUGGAGAUGUUUGCAACAUUGGCAGGAGCCACCAUUCAGGGACAGAUUGUGGGGGUGUAUCAUGCUAAAAAAGCACAAGCAUGCAGUGAGCUCAAUGAGAGUAUUGCACUCACUGGAAACUACUCAUCUCUGCUGUACCACAACUCUACAACUCCUUUCACUGCCACACUGCAGGAUACGAGGAGAGCUUAUUUGAUUGCUGCAUUGGUGUUAGGAGGUUUCUACUUCCUGUGCUGCCUUGUGCUGUUUCUUGGAGUGAAGGAGCAAUUGGCUCCAUUGAGUAAGCUGGAUCGCAUGAAAGUGUCAUACCUGACUGGUAUGAAACUGGUUGUGAGACAUAAGCCAUAUGUUCGACUUGUGUUGGGAUUUCUCUUUUCCUCAGUUGCUUUUCAGAUGGCCCAGGGAAACCUAGCUCUCUACUGUACACAUGUAGCAGGAUUGGGGGCUUACUUCCAGCACCUUGUACUCAUAUUACUGUUGGCAGCCACUCUGUCCAUUCCAUUAUGGCAGAUGUUACUGGUCAGGCUGGGCAAGAAGACCACUAUCUUCAUUGGUCUAACAACUUACAUUCCUGCUCUCACUAUCAUAUCCUGUGUAAAGGGUACUUUUCUCAUCUUUGCCCUGGUGGCCAUUUUGGCUGGUGCUAGUCUAGCGUCCAUCUUUUUACUGCCCUGGUCAAUGCUGCCGGAUGUGGUAGAUGACUUUAAGGUAAAAAACCCAACAUGCAGUGAUCUGGAGCCCAUGUUUUACUCUUGCUAUGUAUUUUUUAACAAGUUUGGCGGAGGAGUGUCACAUGGUGUCUCUACACUUGCACUACACUUUGCAGGGUACAAGCCUGGUGCUUGUAGGCAUGAUUCUGCAGUGAUCACCACAUUACAGGUCCUGUUUGCCCCAGUGCCCAUCUGUCUCCUGCUGAUGGGCAUGGUGUUCUUCUGCCUUUACCCCAUAAAUGAACAACAACGCUGGCAGAUCCAGGCUAAACUGCAGAAAGCAGCAGCAGAAAAGAAAGCAGAGACAACAGAGGAGAUUUUUCUUUGAAGAAUUCAUCCUGGAUCACAAGUCACUUAUUUAUCUUAAAUACAUUUUCCUUUCAAUAGCUCUUGUAUACUAUUUGUGCAGGAUCAGUAUACCUUUACUAAAGUGUCAUUCAAGAAUUUACCAGUGUUUUUCCAGAAAUUUACCAGAUUUAUUAUCCAUUCCAACCCCGUCUUUAAGAUAAAUAUAUGCACUAUGUUUCGGUAAAAUUGAAUACAACCUUAAUUAAACAUACUUGACUGGCAUAUGCUGGCAUCACUUGCUAUGCAGAUUUGUAAGCAUUGUUUGUUUGUGACUGUAAGUGAGUGUAAAUAGAUUCUAAAUAGAGAUUUGGUAAUAAAGGAUUACAUGCUUAUAAUUUAUCCACAUCAAAUACCAUAUAUCUAUCUGAAUUUACACCAGUGUCUCACAGUUAUUUGGUGCAGGUCAUCCAUAAAUUGAAGCCCACUUUUUGUUUGUCGGAUGUUGUCCCUCCUCGUCUUUUAUUAGAGACACUCUAUUAGUCCUAGUUUACUGUCAAUAAUUAAUAGCAGUUUAAUCAGUGGGAUAGUCCCAUCCUAUUUUAAACAUGCCACCAUACAGCCACUGCUUAAAAAAACAAAUCUUGAUUCAACAGAUCUAAAUAAUUACCGUCCCAUCUCUAAAUUACCGUUUUUAUCAAAAGUUUUGGAGAAGGUUGUGUUUAAUCAGCUUUCCUCUCUACAGGAAAAUAGUGUUUUCGAUAAAUAUCAGUCUGGCUUUAAACCUCAACACAGUAUGGAAACUGCAUUGCUGACAGUUCUAAAUGACUUAUUGUUGAUUCUGGAAAUUGUGCGGUUUUAAUCCUGCUGGACCUUAGUGCGGCAUUUGACACACUCGAUCAUGACAUUCUUUUAAACCGCAGCUCAAUUGUGGGUCCUGCUUUAUUUUCUUAAUACAUGCUUCCUUUGUAUGCAAUAUUUAGGAGGCACAAUGUUUCAUACCACUGUUAUGCAGAUGAUACUCAGUGUUAUGUUCCUGUGCACUCAAAAGAUGGCUCCAGUUUACAGUGUCUGUCUGAUUGUCUGAGAGAGGUCAAAGAGUGGAUGUCUGCAAACUUCCUUCAGUUAAAUGAGUAAGACUGAGGUCUUAAUCUUUGUCUCCCCUGCUUCUAUGGAGGUAGUGGCUAGUAAACUGGGACCUCUAUCUAAUAAUCAUCAUUCACAUGCCAGAAACUUAGGUAUUACUUUUGAUUCAGCCUUGACUUUUGAUAAACAGUUCAAUGCUGUGGUUAGAAGUUGUUUUUAUCAGCUAAAGAACAUUGCAAAGAUGAAGUCAUUCUUAACAUCAAAAGACAUGGAGACUGUAAUACAUGCUUUUAUUUCAUCCAGGUUAGAUUAUUGUAAUGUACUGUACUUAGGGGUUUCACAACCCCUAUUGUCUCGUCUUCAACUUGUUCAAAAUGCUGCUGCUCGGUUGUUAACUGGGACAAGGAAGAGGGAACAUAUCUCACUAGUGAUGAUCUCUCUUCUUCUUCUUCAGUUAAAUUCCGUAUUCAUUUUAAGGCACUGCUGUUUGUUUAUAAGGGUCUCCAUGGAUUGGCUCCAUCCUAUAUCUUUGAUCUCCUUCUACAAUGUAAUUAUUCUAGGGAACUCCGGGCAACUGGUAGUCUUCAGUUGACUGUUCCUAGAACUCGAUUGAAAUCGAAAGGUGAUCGCGCCUUUUCAGUGGCUGCUCCAUAGUUAUGGAACAAGUUACCUCCCUAUAUAAGAACAGCACCAACAUGCGCAGAUUUCAAGCCUCUUCUUAAAACUUAUCUUUUUACUGUUGCGUACGAUCAUAGGUAAGCUCACUGGUAUAACCUUAGUCUAUUAUCUGUUGUUGUGUCCUAUGUUGACUUUCGAAUUUUGUUUUGUAUUUUAUUAUAUGCUUAAAUUCUGUACAGCAUUUUGGCCAACAGCUGUUGUUUUUAAAUGUGUUAUAUAAAUAAAGUUGACUUGACUUGA